AUGUCAACACGAAUCAGAAGAAGAAUAACGUCGCUGCGAAGGGAUGAAAUUGAAAAAGAGCAGGAGGAGCAAAGCCAUCAAAUUAUCCGACCAUUUGAAAACGUUCAUGGUUUGCCUGUAUCAUACACUGCUUCGUCCCAGUCAAGUUUCCUCAAUCAACCACUUACGAUCAAAGAUACCGCAGUGCUUUACUUGUCAUUGAUCAGGUCGAGGUCGAACUAUUUGAAAUUGUGUCCAAUGUUUCAGUUGUAUUGGGUUAAACAGUCGAGUUACGUAAGGAAGUUGAUGGAACAGGACAAGCCUAUACCAGGCCAUUUGAAAAGGGACGACAUAUAUGCCGAUAGAUCCUGUGUUUUAAAUAAUGAUAUCAAUGCGAGAGACAUAAUGGUCAAAUUACUAGAGUGUGGUUUGACCAUGGGGGUCCACUUUUUCGAAAUCAGAGUCUUCAUUGCCAAAGACGAGCGAAGUGAUACCAAAGAAGAAAAAGAAAGAAUGAAGCGAGAACGGGCCGAGAAGAAGGCACAAAGGGAACAGGAGAAGCUAGAGAGGAAGGUACAAAGGGAGAAAGAAAUGAAGGAGAGAGAAGAACGAAGGAUUCAGAAGGAGAAUGAGAAGAGGGAGAAUUCGAUGAAGAAAAACGAUGAACAGAGCCAGGUGAAAUCCAGCAAUACGAACAGUGGUACUACGGGAGCAAAAUCAGAAAAGUCCAAAAGUUCGGUUAAGGUCUCCAAAACGGCCACGAAGGAUAAGAAAGCUGAGAAAACUAUAAAAGAGGAAGGGGAUUUCAAGUCCAUGUCAAAGUCACAAGUACCAUCUGCUCCAAGUAAAACUAGUCAAGGUGAUUUACAGUCAUCUGACAACCAAAGAAUGAUCACCAAUCUUAAUUACAUAGGUUCAAAAAACAAGGAUUUCAACGAUUUGAUGAAUGAGGUCGCAGGUGGGCGGGCUACGCCUGAUCAGAUUACCCUUUUCCAAAAGUAUAUUAGAGAAGCGAAAACCUUGGGACCUCCGCCUCAUAGUGAAAGCGUCAUUUCAGAGUUAAUUCAGAGAAUUGACAAGGAAACGCUUGAGGAAAUACAACAGAAGAAUAAUUUGAGUGUUGUCAAUACACAAUCGGGAUUGAGUGGUGUUUCGAGGCUGCAUACGCCACAAACAAAGAUCUCUUCUUCUACGGGUCAAAACAAACAAGGUGAGACAACUACCCAAAAUAUCAAAGUACAAGAACCCCCCUUUGAUUCUGGAGCGCAGGGCGAGGAUUUGGGUUCAAAAAUAACCUCUCAUGAAAAAUCAAUUGCAACUGAUGUACCUGUCAAAAGUGGACGCGAAGAACUAAUGACCCAUAUGGAUGGUCUGAGAAACUCCACUGAACCGGUAUAUCCACACGACAAGAGGAAAAAAAUAUUGAAAAAAGAUAUACCCAAGGACCAAAAAUUGACCGCAUUUCAAGAAAAGUAUCUAUUCAAUGCUACUGUUUUAUUUGAAUUUCUUGAAACCCCCAAUGUUCGAUUUCGAUUCCCAAAAUGUGCAAUUUGUGAAGUCAUACAACCUUCAACUCUGAUAAACUCUGAAAAUGGUGAUAACUCAGACAAUAAAGACAUUCUUGUGAGUUUCAUGUGGAUUCAUAAUCAGAAAGCUGUGGAGAAGUACGAGCUGGAUUUAAAACAAUAUGAGGCAAAAAUCAAAGAGCAGGAGGAAGCAGAGAGGAAAGUGCAGGAACUGGAAAAAGAACAAAUCAAGGUUGAAUUGGAAGAGAGAGAGGAGUUAAAGGAGAAACCGCACGAAGAAAACACUGUAGAUAUAAAUGAAAAGUUUGCGGAAGAAGAUAACCCUACUUCUAUCGAAGAUUCAUCUAUGAAAGACAUACGAGAAGAGGAAACCAAUAACGCUGAUGAGGAAAAAAUUGAAGAACACUCGGUGCCUGCAAAAAGACGCGCACCCCCACCACGGAGGGGUAAAAAGAAACGGAAGGGACCUGGACCGAAGAAAGCUGCUUCUAAGGCUUUGAUUCCCCCAGAGGAGCCAAUUUAUUCGUAUUCGAGCAUUUCUUUCACUAUUCAUGGAAUUCCUAGCAAGCUCGUACCGAUAUUUGUCAAUAGUUUUGAUCCAGUUGACAAAGUGAGAGCAAAAAUGCAGCACAUAAUAGAGACUGGGAAUCGAAUCAGUCCUUACCAACUUUGGUACCAAGUUGAUGGGAAACUAGAUGCAGACUUGGCUGAAAGUGCAAGAGUAUCUUUGAAUCAGGAAGAAAAGAAAAUGAGUGGAAUUCCAACCAUUCAAGAGAAGCUGGAGCCAAAGAAAUAUCCCAAGAAGAAAAAGGCCAAGGAGUCGGAUUCUAGCAAACACACGGACCCAGUCGAUUCAGUGGUAGUGAAAUCAGAGCCUACCGAAAACGAAUCUCAAGUAGCCCAAUAA